AUGUGUUCGGAUACGCGUAGUGAGGGUUCUGGUCGUUCUGAUGGGUAUGUUAAAUGGAGCGUAAAAGAGGUUGGAGAGUGGUGUGCCGAGAAGUUACAAUUGGACGGCGAAGAUCUGGUUAAACUGCAAGAAUGCAUUGAGGAACAAGGCAUUGAUGGAGAUAUUCUGGAUGAACUGAGCUUACAAGAUUGUAAGAUGAUAACGGGUGGCAAUGUAGGUCGCGCCGUUCGGCUUAAGGUGGAGCUGAACAGGCUCAGAGAGAAGAAACACAAUCAGGAACAGGAGAUAGUACAAGCAUUGCAGCAAUUACAAUCCACGGUGAGUGACAAACUCCAAGAUUUCCAAACACAAUACACUCGCUUGAGACUUGAUGUCUUGGAGGUUGUAAAGAAAAGCACCCAAGCUGCCGGGGGGCACAGUCUUCCCCAAACCCAAUCACAAACCCAACUUUUGCAUCACAACUCUCAACAGCCACAGCAUGAUUACUUUGAGGGCCACCGAUUACCCACACCUGGUUCUCCAGGUAAUACGACAUUCAGGCAGUCUGUAAGUAGGUCAACGUCUGGUGCACUUCCUACUCCAUCAGUACUUCCUACUGCUGCCAACCCUCCAACCCCACAACCUCCUACAACGGCUGGAAGCGAGCCGCUAAAACAUUUACGUGCUUCUAAAGAGGACUCUUGCGAAAGAAUUCUCAAAAACGCCAUGAAGAGACAUAACCUCAACGAACAAGACUGGAAACAGUACGUUUUGGUAAUCUGCUAUGGUGAUCAAGAACGUAUCUUAGAACUUGACGAAAAGCCAGUCAUGAUUUUCAAAACCCUUAAGCAGCAGGGCUUACAUCCGGCCAUUAUGCUGAGACAAAGAGGUGACUUCGAAGAAGUCGGUGGUGAACUAACGCCGGGUGGUAGAUUGUAA